CGAGUGACUGAGUCCUCCGAUUAUUAUCUCAUUUGCUGGCACGAGCAGCACGCGACGCUUGUGUCGCACCGCAGGAUCCGUAGAUCGCUGCAUCUGGAUCACCGACCAGGACACACGACCACCACCACCAUCCUUCAACCUGUCGUCGCUUGUGCAGUGAUCAUCCUGAGAAACUUGCACCAUGACCACGACCACGGGAGAUCCGUCGACCCUGAAGAGUCCAGCCUCGCUUUCCGGCGGCGAUUUGGUGUCCCGUCUACUGGCGGCUACUCCUCCAUACCUGUACAACGUACCCCUAACGCCGCACAGCUUCUUCUUCAGCGAAAUGCUUCGUUCGUUCGUGCAAGCAAAAACCGAGGCAUCCUCGACGAGUAACGUCACAAACGCGCCUCGACGUCGCAAGAGAUCCUGGCGGGACGCUCGGGAUCGUCCACUGGAGUUAACCACCAAAGAGAGGCAACACCAUCAUCAUCAUCACCAUCAUCAUCAUCCUCAACAGCCGCCGCAAGAGAAAUACUUCCACUCUCAACAGCAGCAACAGCAACAACCGGAAGCGCGGUUGGAGAGCAGAAGUAAGCAGAGCGACGGCUAUAAUACCGAGAGUAAAGUGGGUAACUUCGAGCAGAAACCGAGUUUCGGCGGGGACAUCUUGAAGACCGCGGACGAGACCAAAUCAGAUUUCUGUAAACAGAGCAAGAAUUUCUUCGACGAGCGACCUCGUCACUUCGAGCAAGCUCAACCACCGGAAAACAUGUUCACAGGUGAAUUGCAGAAGGUGAAACCCGAGGAAUCGCACUCGAGCGAUCGUAAAAAUUGCAAUUAUAACGAGAGAAGUACGUACGACGAGCGUACCAAGAACACGGUCGGCAAUCAGGAACUGCCUCUGUUGACCGAUCAAAAGAAGCUCGAUUUCUCGAGGAACUUUCUACCCGGCCUACCCGGAAGGGGAUGCGACAUGCUUCCGGCGGUGAAGGGAUUCGGUUUGCCCGGCAACGUGACGAAUCCAGAGUUUCUCCCCAGUCCACUCUGGUACCCGCCUUAUCCGAUACCUCAAUCCUAUCCAGGCAUCGAUCCGUUGCACUUCUUCAUCGACCUUCGCGUGUCCGGACACAUCUGGGAUCGCAAGCUGAGCGAGAGGCAACUACCCUUCAAAGGGAAACACUGUUCGGCAUUCAGCGUGCCUCAAUCAAAGGAGUACAACAGCAAUAGGCCGUUGAAUUUGACCAGAGACGAAGCGAGUACGUCGAGGAGUAGCGAGGAUAAUCCUCGUGGUACCAAUUACAUCCUGAGGCAACUGACCAGGACGUACAGGGACAUCGGUCAGGCACGGAAAGCGUCCAGGAGCGAGACGUCCAUUUCCGGAGAGAGCGAAGACAGUUCCAAGGAUGUUGAUAACAACGAGAGGUCGCCAAAGCCGGAAGACGCGUCCUCCGCGUCGACGAACCCGGAGGAGGAGAGGAAGGAUCUUCGAGCGCUGAUCGGGUUGGAAUUGGUGGUGGAUUACGUGAAAGAGCCGAAGGGAGAUCCCUCGAACGAGCAGACUUCGCAAGUAACCGAAUAACUCGUGGAAAUCGUACGAUUCUCUUUUCUUCUCGACUGUAUAAAUAGAUGUAGCUCCGACACUUACGAUCGCAUCCUGAUUCUUCGUUUCACUACGUCGUUCACGGUAAUAUAGAAAGCUCUAAACUUAUUCGAAUCCUUCGGAAACAAUCGAGUACUUAUUUCUUUCUUCGGUAUUCUUCUACUUCGUUCGAUGCGUCAAACAUCUGGUCGCAUAAACGUAAGCGACUUUAAUCGGACAGAUUCAAUGAUAUUCUGCUAUUAAUUAAUAAUUCGAUCUGCUUUUUUAUAGCAUGAAACUAACGACAUUUUGAUAUCGCACUGUUCGGUUUUUAAUUCGAAGACUCGUCCUAUCUUGCACUCGAGAGUCACUUUUUAGCGCGGAGACCAAGAGGAUCUUAGAGAUCUUUUCCGGACUUCCGUUCUGAAUUCGACUGUAUGUGAUAUACUCUGUACAUAUUAUAGUAGCGUUCUAUUGUAUCUAUAUGUACUAAUAGAAAAUACAUUCGACGUGUAUAAUAAACGUAAUAAAAAGCAAUGUGAUUCGAGGAAA